UUCAUUCAUCACUUUCCCCUUCUCUGUUUCUCUUUCUCGCGCAGAAAAAAAUGGCAGGAAGAGCAAGAAUGGUUUCUCACAGCGUAUCUCUCAAUCCCGAUCAGGCAAGAAUCGGAACUCUCCAACUCCGAGUGAUCUAUAAGCUCUCAACCGCCGGCCAGUCCAUUGUCGUCAGUGACAAUUGCACCGCCCAGCCCAUACUCUUCUACCCCCUGCGUGAUUUGGGUUCGGCAAGAAACGCCUGUCUCUUCUUCUCCGGCGUUGUCGCCGGGUACCUCCGCAGGGAUCCGGCAUCAACCGCGCCCAUCACUUUCCCCAUGGCCGUGGACGCUUUUCGGGUGUUUCUGAGCGAGGGACGGACUCGCGGGGUACAGAUCUGUGCCGAAUUUGAGGUUGUCUUUGACUCGCCCGGAAUCUUGGACGGCGGUUCUCUGGUUCUCGAUUCACUGCCGCCGCCAUCCCAGGAGGAGGCUGAAUUUGAGGCCGCCGGAUUUGUUUACGGCGGUGCUAUGGUUCUCGAUCCUCCUCUGCGAUACCUAGAGAAUUUUGAUCAUGUCGAGGGAAUUGCCAAUUUCGUUGGGCCGGAUUUGAGAAUGUCGGCGGAAUUUGCGGAGGCCGGUUUCAUGGACGGCGAUUCUCUGGUUUUCGAUGCUCUGCCGCCCUACGAGGAGGAGGAGGAGGAGUAUGAUUCUGUGGAAAUUCCCAAUUUCGUGGGCUCGAACAGGGGUAUGACGGCGGCGGAGAUUUCACAGUUGAAAAAAGUGACCCAAAGCGGCGGCGGAGGCGGCACUUGCUCCGUCUGCUUGGACGAUUUCUUCGCCGGCGAGGUGAUCACACAGCUUUCUCCGUGCUCUCACAGCUUCCACGCGGGGUGUAUUGUGACUUGGCUGAGCCAAAAUCGGAGUUGCCCUAUGUGCAGAGCAAUAUGCACAGUUCUUUGAUUUUGAUGAUCGGCGGCCUGCCGGAAGUUGUGGGGGAACUGGUUCUGUCCUUUUCAGCGCCGGCGGCAAACACUGCUUUUAAAAAUUGUUUAUAGAGGAUUUUUUUUGUUUAAUUUUUUUUACUCCCUAGCUAAUUAGUGUUGAUUUUUUUAUUUCAAAAAAAAAGGGUUGAAUUU